AAUAGAGGAGAGGGCCAGUGCGCUGUAGGCUUCCGUCCCGUCCGUCCUGACUCCAUUCCAGCUCUGGGUAUUGAUCGAGUGACAAGUCAAGACACGCUCCGACGCUGUGCCUAUUCACCUGCGAAGCACACUCAGCUAAUUUGCUAGACUUUUGCCGUCUUUGUCUCAACGAAUCCGCAAACCUGAAAAUGCAGAAGAUCAAGCUCCAAAGUUCUGACGGUGAGAUAUGCGAGGUCGAUGUGGAUGUGGCGAAAUGCUCUGUUACUAUCAAGACUAUGCUUGAAGACCUGGGCGUCAACGAAGAUGAGGAAGAACUUGUGCCUCUGCCGAAUGUAAAUUCGGUCAUUCUGAAGAAAGUGAUCCAGUGGGCAACAUACCACAAGGAUGACCCACCUCCACCCGAAGAUGAUGAGAACAAGGAGAAGCGCACUGAUGAUAUUUCAAGUUGGGACGCGGACUUUUUGAAGGUAGACCAGGGUACCCUAUUUGAACUUAUUUUGGCUGCCAACUACCUGGACAUCAAGGGUUUGUUGGAUGUGACCUGCAAAACUGUCGCCAACAUGAUCAAAGGUAAAACCCCUGAAGAGAUCCGGAAGACCUUCAAUAUCAAGAAUGAUUUCACUCCAAGUGAGGAAGAACAAGUACGAAAGGAGAACGAGUGGUGUGAGGAGAAGUGAUUUUUGGACUGAUAAAACUUUUUGUAUAUUUUAGCAAUUCUGUAAACAUCUUAAGCCCUAUCUCAUUACGAGUCUCUUUGUUUGGCUUGUCAGAAUUGCAGUGUAAUGUAAUGACUAUGAUGGACCUCUCGUUUUAACGAGUAGCAUGUUUGUGAUACGUGUUGGAGAUGAAUAGGCUGUAGAACCAUUCUAUUUCGAUUGCCGGCGACGGAUUCUUAUUCUGUCCAAAAGUAUUCUUCGUUUUCUUAUGCAAUAUUCUGCUCAUCGGACAAUCUGCAAACCCGCUCAUUGUCAUAACCUUUCAAAUCUUUCAUUUGCUUUUAGUAAGUCACAUCUUACAUAUCUUGAUUGUUUGGCCUCUCCUUGUCAGUUAGAUUAGAAUGUAUUUUUUCUGAACUAUUUUCUUUUGUUUUUUUAUUUUAAAUUGUGCAAGGCACAUGUUUAGGAAAGAGUUAGUUGUUUGAUUUCAGAUGUUGGUUUCUUAUCUUUCAGCUGUUGUAAAAAUCUGAUUUUAUUUUAUUUUCUUAACCUUCUAACUUGUAACAUUUGUGUUUUGUUGUUCUAAAUUUUCCUCCCAUUGAACUAUUUUGUCAUUCCCUGUCGCAAGUACAUGCUUUUCUAGAUCAGAUCUGAAAAUUGUAACUCAAUUUGCAUACUAAUUGUUUUGUUACUGUGAGCUUCGUACUGAAGCUGUACUUUGUACUCCAUCAUCACCAAUUGACCUGAAUCCAAACCACCAAUUUUACCAAAUAAAAAUGUUUAUCUGAUAUAUAAA